AUGCGAUAUUUUGACAGGCACUACCUCCACGUGAGCAGGAGCACCCUCGCCCUCUUUCUCGCCCGCCGCUGCCGCCGCCCUCGCCUGGCUCCCGCUAGCCGCCUCCAGACAUCGGCUCCCUCCGCGCUCCCGACGGCCUCCUCCACCACGCCGCCUCCACGUUGGUUACCCCUGCCCGUCUGCCCGCCGCCGCCUUGUGGUUCGCCGCCGGCCGCCUGCGCUCGUCGCUCCAGGGGCUCGUCACCCCCCUCCCCGCACAGUCCGCAAGGGCGCCGCCGCGCUCUUCGCAGGCUGCAGACCGCCCAAGGGGCAGGGGCGCACGCCCAACGAGCAACGAGCAAGAGCCAAGAAGCAACCAGCCAGCCUGCUAUUGAACCAAGGAGGGAAUGCCGGGUCCUGAGUACAAUGAAAUUGUUAGGAAGGCUGAAAGGAUGAUAAUAAGCUAAGAGAAGAGAGCAGAAAUACCACCCAAGAUUACUACUUAUUCAGUUCAGAUGUUCUAAUACUGUAGACUGCUCUCCUAAGGAGCAUGCAGUACUUGUUAUCAUUUCUGUCAUUCAGAUGUUCUAAUUAUUUUUUUCACAUGAUGUAAUUUUGGAGUCUAGGACUAGUUAUCUAAGUGAGUCCGAAGGGUAUUCACUUAUCAGUGCUUAGUAUGGUACUGUACUGCAUACUGGCAGUAUUAAUUCGGCUACCAAAGGUGUUUGUUGGACCCAGCAAAUAGCAAUACAGCAUCAGGGCAGCUUUACGAUCAAGGGUGCCAACGGAUGAAUCAAUUGAUGCUCUCUGACCUCUUAAUAUAAGUUCUGAACUUGAGGAACUUGCUAAGAUCAUCCAAGUCGAGUCUCUCUGAUGUGAACUUGGUGCGUGCAGUUCAAUAGUUCAUCCUGCAUUAUUCGUUC